CCGUAUAGUAUUGAAAAAACGAAAUUGCUCAAGGCUCUUCGAUAUCUGUAUACGUGUAAUAGACCAUAACGCAACAGACGGCAGGAACGGAUAUUGCGGUGAGUUAAUCCCGUUAAAUUUAUCUCUAAGCGGUGGAUAUGGGGGCACCCCUAUAACAUCGCAUCGGUCAGUGCCGAUAAGAGUCUAUAAAGCGGACGGGUUCGACUCGCUUCGGGUUAGACUUACGGCAAGUAUACGUCCAGGAAAAGCAUCGACGGAAGUUUAUUGGCAAUCGUUAAUUGCCGAAGAUCACGGAAGGAAGUAAACUCCAGCCAUGCUGUCUAUCCUGUCGCUGUUCUUACUGCUAAUUCUCUCGAGCGCGAAAGUCGAUUCCAAGCCCAUCGACGGCACCUCGGAAACGGGCGUAGGGAACGAAAUAGACACGGGAUUGCAGGGGGAUUAUAAGAGGGAAGCCGAGGUUGGAGAAGUUCCCGGACCCUCUGCGAGGACGUCGAACGAGCAGUUAACAUCCAGCGCGAAGAGGGUUUCGCCUCCGACGUCAUCGUCCUUGUCGGAAAAGGAAAAGUCGACUAGCACGCGAAAUGCCACGGAUGAUAAUGGCGCGCAUCGACAGCAAGGACUUUCCUGGAUCCUCGCACCCUUUGCGCAGAAGGUCCAAUUCUCCCCCCAAACCUUCUUCCAGGACAGGAUUGGACAGCUCAAGGAGAACUUGAACCACCUCGGCUCGAUCGUUCCCAACGAACGAAGCAACGGCAGCAAACAACUCGCUAAUGGGCCCCUCGCCAAUCUGAUUGGGUUAAACGACUCCGGAUUUUACACGAACAGGUUUGAUCCUGCCGGGUUCUUCGGCGGUAACGGAUGGUUCGCAAAUAAAGGAGGCAUCCUUGGUGGUCCUGGAGCCUUUGUUUCGACUGGUAGUUUUCUUACGGACUAUCCGACUGCUUAUAGAAAAUAACACCGCGCUGUGCAACGAAAAUCAUUCUUCAACUUGACCUGACAAAGUGGAAACUUUUUUAUAAGUCUUUCGGCAUGUUAUGUGACCGAGGAAAGCUUACCGUUCCCAGAAGAAUGUGUUGAGUUCAGUUUAUAUGCU